AUGGCCCAUACCAAAAGCUCCAAACAUUCUUCCAGCAACUCAAACUCAAACACAUACACUAGUAACUCUAAUUUAAGUGGUGGUGGUGGUGGAAAUGGCAAUAACAGCAAUAACAUUAACAACACAAAUAGCGGAAAUAAUGAAAGAAAUGAAAGAAGUGAUCGAAUAGGGAGCGGAGGAAGUGCUGGAGGAAGCAAUAACAAUAACAAUAACAAUGGUGGCAGCGGCGGUAACAGUGGUGCAAAUUUAUCUAACUCGGGUACUUCUUCAAGACAAACAGCAGCAGGUGUGAGAGGAUACACUAGAGAAAAGGAAUCCGGUGCUUCUUCAUCGGCUGUUGCUACAGUUCCAACGAGUAUUUCUGGUUCAUUCCCUUCAACUUCCCAUUACCCAACUAAAAGAAUUCAAAAGGGAAAGGAACCCGUAAAAGAAAUACCAGCGUUUGAUUUCAAUACGCUUGAUAUUUCAGUGUUACGACGAUACCGGCGAAUUUAUAAAUUGAAAAUUGCUGAGCCAGCCACGAAAGAAACAUUAGUACGCGAGAUCACCAAACAUUACCAAAUGUUAAAACCCGUAGAAAAUGAUGUUAUCUCGCAGUUUUUGUAUAAUGUGCAUAAUCGUGAUAAUGUAUUGAAGCUACCUAUUCCUUGA